CUCCUGUCUGUCUGUCUGUCUAUCAGUUUGUAUGUCCAUGCCAUGUGCCACUCACUGCUUCAAUCCCGACAUGUGUCUGUCAAGACAAAACGAACAGAUACAUAGAUACCCCACCCCGUGCCGAACCGGUCAACUCAGCCGUGAGUAAAGCCGUAUCGUAUGCACCGCCACACGGCCAAAAAAGAGGAGAAAAAACAAAGGGAAGUCAUCACACACAGGGACCUAGGUCGUUGGCGCCCAUGGCCAGCUGCUCGAUGGUACGUACACCGAUAAACGAACAGCCACACAAGGACGCCAAAAGACACACACACACCAAGGGCAGUCUCUACUGUACCAUUGACUUACUGACUCACAUCAACAUCAUCAGCAUGCCAUGGCCGUCCCACCACUCAAAACACAACAUAUCGACUCGACGAUGCUUGCAUCCGAACGACGGUGUGCGAUAGCAAAAAAGAUGAAAAAAGUGCGGGUAUUUCUCGCAUAUGGCCGGAAAAACGAAUGUGAGGCAUUGGCGAAUGCAUGCAAUCCAAAGCAAGCAUCACCAACCUGACCUGGUAUCUGUCAAUGGUCUUUACUUCAAAAAGGCAUUCAGGGGGGUACCACACCGACACACCGACCCAAGAUCCCGGCCAGGCCAGCCGACACCACGAGUGAGUACAUAAAGGCAGCGCACCCCACCGCACCCAGCUCGAUCACACAACUCAGUCAGUGGGUAUGUUAUGAGGCCCCAUCGUCAGUCAACCGACACACACACCUUACUCCAUGCAUCCCCUCUCCGACCUCAGACACACCAGACAGCAGACUCACCUCCCUCGCUGCACGAAUGAAUUACAUCCCCGCCUGUCAUUCGUCCAUUCAUUUGAGCUUCUGCGUGACGAGGCACUCCAUCACGCCCGCCUCCUCGAGGGACUGCGCAUGGUCGUCCAGCGGCUUGGGAGGGAAAGCCGCCGACGAGAAGAGCCGGAAGCUGGCCACACCGAUGUUGCUCGCCUUGGCGGCCGCCGCGUACAGCUCCUUGACGGGCAUGGCGUUGUUGAAGGUCAGCUUCACCUGGUCGCCCGUGUGCAGCCGCAGCGUCACCUGCAAUCAAGGUCAUCACAAAGGGCACCGUUGGGUGCCAAGUGUGUGAGUGGGCACACACUGACCUUGGUGGUGGGCUUGUCAGUGUCGAUGGGGGGGCUGUAGUCGUGGUCUUUGGCGGUGUUGGGGGCGUGGGGCGGCGGGGCGUGCGAUGGCUCAGAUAAAGUGUGGCCGCCACCAGUGAACAGCUGCUGAGGCGCGUACUUCUCAACCAACUGAAACACACACACACUCACACACGGUUGGCCACAGAGGCUGCAUGUCUGUGUGAGUGUGGUGUGCUGACCAUGAUGUUCUCGGCAACCUGCCGCAUGUCGGGUGAUGGGUGGGCCUUGAGCAGCUCCACCAGCUGACCCUUCGUCAGCUCAUCGAACGGAAUCAUCUCGCUCUCCCUCUCGCCAUUGCCGUCGCCAUGCCCGCAAGCCCGUCGUCCGUGCGUCGCCCCGUCCAGCAU